GGGAUGGAUGUGGGAUGGGUGCGCUUGUGUGGGGCCAGGGCAGAGGCGGGUGCAUCUAUUGAAAGUGGUGGAUAUUAAAUUAUUACACAUCUUAUCGACAUCUUCCCCAACCACCCACCCACUCCCUCCUCAUCCGCCACCCAUGCCCAUCGUUCUCAUUCUCCCACGGCAUGCUAGGCGUCUCUGACCGGCGAUGCAGAUCUCCGGCCGGCCCGAGCAGUAAGGCUCGUUCUUUUUUGGCGGGCGCGAGCUGAGGGGAGCUGGCCGUGUGCGGUGGUCACAGAAGAGACUGCAGAAGAGACUAGGGAGAGGAUGUACUCGCCUGGAGGUGAAGACGACGGUUUGUAUGGGGAACAUGGGUGUGAACAAGAUGAACCUGUAUCGGUUACAUCGAGGCUGUCAGUCAAGCAGGUUGUGACAGUGGUGCAAUCGUUCGGUGAGUACAAGAGGUGGCUGGUGUCGGAAAUAGGAUUUGGGGGUAUGCUAAAGCUGCCACUGAUAGCAAAAAUUGAUCUGAAAUUGAGCUUGUGGGUAAUGAGGAAAGUGGAGGUUGUGUCUCGUAUGAUUGUAAUUGAUAAGGAUCGGAAACUUCUAUUCACUCCAGAGGAUUUCCACAAGGUAUUUGGGGUGCCGUGCGGUAAUAGGGAUGUGCGUGGGAGGGAUGGAGACAUCAGCAUACGUUCUGUUGAGUUCAUCAAGGAUAUCAUUGGGAUGAACAGAUCUGCUGCUCACAGUCUGAAGGCUGCUGAAAUAUUUCUAUACAGGGACAUAAAUGAGAGCUCAACCAAAAUGGAGGACUGUUUCCAGAUUGCGUUUGUUAUUUUUGUGUUGGGAUAUGUGAUUGCUCCGUCCAUGAAGCAUGACUAUAUGACGAUUGAUUUUUGGGGUGCAGUUGCAAAUCCGGAACUAAUAGGCCAAUUUAAUUGGUGCCAGUAUGCGAUGGACAAGCUCAUGGGUGCAGUCAUCAAGCUCAAGCAUGAUGAUGAGGAAAGGGCAAUGACUAUUAAUUUAUUCGGAUGCCAUUUUUUCUUCCAAUCUCUGCGGGAGUUGAGCUUAUUGCUGAAUGAGCAGAAUGUGAGAUGCAGAUUGAAUGCAUCAGAGUUGCGGAACAAGAUGCAGGCUGAUAUGUUCAGCUUUGCCGACAGGCUUGUAUCGAUUGUCAAGGAGCACUGCAGGUGCUGCGCUAGGCGUGGACUAAAAAGAUGCAUCACACUUGUUGAACAGGGUGCGGCCAGUGAAGGUGUGCCAGGCAUGUUUAAGACGCCUAUGCGUCACGUCGGACGCCAGCUUGACUUAUCCGAUGAUGAUGACGGGGGUCGUAACUAUGAACCAAGGGAGAAGUCUCCUCGCGGCUCGAUUCGUAUUGGAUGUCAUGGUGCGCAAGAUUCCAUAGGGUGUGUGGGGAUGCAAGAGGAUGGAGAUGCAAAUGUUAUAUACAACAAUUCGGUUGCGGUGCAAAAUGUUGCAAGUGUUGACAAUGGAAUCGCCGAUAGAUUGACAGUGUACGCACAAACUGUGGCGGACAUGGUGCGAUGCAUGUAUUGUAGUUGUGCAUAGUUGUGCAGAUUCCAUAGAUUGACAGUGUACGCACAAAUUGUAGUUGUGCACGUCAAGUCAGUACAGAAUCAGUUUGUGGGUGCUCGCCAUGACAUCACAGCGUGUCGAAUGGUUCGAUACACAAAACAUAUCGCUUUUUAUCAAAAAUGAUUUUGGGUUGUGUUUUUGCAUAAAUUGUUGUGUAAUUCACCAAAUUAGGAUUCACAUGGAACAAAAUUCAUCCCGAAUAAUAUAAUGCUUGUAGUUCUUUGCGUUAGUCAUGCUGGACCAGGGGUGCUCGGCAUACAUGUGGGACAUGCUACGGAAGGAUAUUCAUGUGUUGGAUCUGAUGUGUGCCCAAGUUGUAGGGGGACAUCAACGCCGAAUGAUGCAUGAGGAAGCUGUGUCGCAGAUGCACAAUGCGUUGUUUUCAUGUUUAACUGAAUUCUUCGCAAAGUGGCAUUGUACGUCAGAUAGAUGGAAACGGAGGUUUCCCAGAAUAACGGAAGACAUUUUCACAAGGGAAGAGUCUAGUUUGUGUGCCAUUCAUGCGAUCCGUCAGUAUGACGGAGUAAAACUCAAGUGGCCCCUAAACAAGGGGGAGGUGCAAAGUUUCGCACAUAUGAUUAUGGUCUUCAAGACGACGCACAAUCUACCUGGCACACGAGUUUGUGAAAGUUCACUCGAUGAUCUGCUCGUACAUGAUGUUGGGGUAGUCACCAUGGUUGCCCUUGAGGGUCAGAACUUCAUAGGCCAUCUCCUUCCGAAGGUAUGAUAUCAGGUCCUGCUUAUAUCAUGUUAGAUACAGAGGUAUAUAUUUUUUGGAUAUAUGUUUUAGGGGGGGGGGGGAUUCAACUUACCGUUGUAACCGGGGUCUUCAGCAUGAUACCGGUGUGCUCCCGAAUGUAGUGAAGUUCAUAGAAUCCAGUCUCAUCAUUGCAAUGGCACAAAUUAUGAAUAGGCCAAUUGUGUAUGAUUAUGUCCACUGUGUUUAGUGCGACUUUAUCUGUUAGUUCGAUAAGAAUUGAUACAAUGAGUUUGGAAGACGAUGUAUACCUGUCACUGCAGCUUCUAUGCAUUCCAUACUUGUAACGAUAUGUCCAUGGGAAAGUAGCGAAAUGCCAGUCUGGAUACCACUCAUAAAGGCACUGGCACAGGGAAUGUAAAAUGAGAUGCUUCAUUUGGGCGUGUUUCUUGACCAUCCUUCUGGGUCCCGUGGAAGUCUCCAUUGGAUCCAUAACAAUCUUUGAUUUGUUGCCAAAGUCAACCUCAUAUACGCACCAGCCAUUCUCAACUAUUAGUGGAAUUUGUAUCUGCCCAAAUAUUGGACAGAGAGUUAGAAGGGAAGCAGUGUUUUUUAGCAAAGUCGAAUAUGUCUGGUAGGCAUGGACAGAAACUAGUAAGGGGAGAGCAUACCUUCUUGCACUCACAGACAUUGAAGUGUAGUUUACUCUGGUCAAACAUUGGAGCAAGCCUUGCCCAGUUUGGUUUGUCCCGGUUGAACUGGAAUUCAUCCUGUUUUUGUUUUUUCAGAAGUUAUAUCAGAGGCAGUGAUGGAAGAGGUUUGUAUUGGAAAUAGAACGCUAGUAUAGUUGAGCCAUGUUUCAGUUUAGGUUAUGUAUCCAGGGCACAAGAGUAUUAGCAAGAUUUUCAUUAUAUAAGGUGGGGUCUUUUGUACAUACCGUGAAACCUGGGUCCAGUAUCCAGCGCCAACGGGGCAUGCCACCAGGGUAGAGUUUGUCAUCCUUUGAAGUGUACACACGGACAACUGAUGCCAUUCCAUUCAUCUUUAGUCCGUGUCCAGAGCCGAAGUUCUUCAACAUAGUUUUUCCGGUCAUCUCCAGCAAGUAGGGCACACGGUGUGAAAACCACUUCCUGUUCACAGUGGACAGUAGCAUUAGUUUUUUUGUUGGACUUGUUAUGUGAAAUAGAGAGUAACCAAAUACAAGUUGUUAGUUGCUUUACAAAAUACCUCUUAUGGUCAUACUCGCUGUCGUUUUCUAGCUGGUAGUAGAAAGUGCAUACAUUUGUAGCACAUGGCUGGUUUAUAACUGCCCUCUUGAAAGUUGGUUCAACAGAGUCAUGUUCAAAUUUUUGGGUUACGGGGGCUGCAACGACCGUUCUCACGGGAACCCAGUUGCUCGGACCAGCUGGUAGGAAAACAAGGUAGCAAAGCCAGUGCGUCAGUGAGUAUUUUCUUAAGGCAGUAUCAAGUAUUAGAGUAGGUAUUUUCAUUGCUGAGCAAAAACUUUCUUUUGACUUACGGCCAGUGGGAGCUGACAUUGGUUCACCAAUAUUUGCUGUAAUGUGAUGAUUGUCGGGAGUUAUGUUGACUCCAGUGUUGGAAGUUGGGAUUCCAAGUGAACCUGCAUAAUUAGGAUCAGUCUCAAAGACAUUGAAAGGUGACACGAAUGUACUUUUUGCUAUAUGAGGAACAUUAGGGUUCAUACUGAUAUGUUGACAUUGGUUUUAAAAAGUGGGGAAAUUAUACUUAUGUGCAGAGUUGUCUGAUGCACGCCGACAGCCGUCUGGAGUCAUGUAGACAUGAGUAGGUAUAAGCUGAUCUCCAGUUUGCACAUUUGCUUCUCCAACGGAAGCUGAAGGUAUAGUUUCACAGUUUUAGGAUGAAUUGUCGAAACAAAGUCAUAUCACGAUAUCAUCUCAUAUGUAUAAGAUGGGUCAUUUCUUAAGACAUACCGGCUGCAAGCAACAAGUCCAGACCGGUAGAUGUGACCAUGAUGUCGGGGUUUGGAGUAACAUCCCACAUGGGCGCAGCAGUGGCAUCACCCUCUCUUGGCGCUGCACUCAGAAAGUAAAUGGCAAUUUUUUUUACACCACCAUGGCAACUUGUAUUUUGUCGGAACAAUCGACAGAACCAAGAUAUUACCUAGGUUUGUAGCAACGGGACUUGUUCCAAGAUGGAAAGGGUCAGAGUUGAAGGUGCCGGUGGUUGUUUGCGCAAGCACAUUAGCACUCGUGUCACCUUUUGUUGUCAGAAUGGCAAAACUUAGUUAGCAUAGUGUUUCAGGUGUUUCAAUUAAUAGUGUGUCAUUUUUUUGAGGUACUGAUGCUCUCAUGUUGUAAGCGCUCACCUUGAUUAGGUUUCUUUGAUGGCGGGGCAGAGUUGCAGAGUGCUCCAACUGAAAGAUCCCUUGGUCGCCGUCUCGUGUACUGGACUAUAUCCUUCGUCACUUUAGGUAACUACGGGUACGGGAAUGGUAUGGCGUUGGAGGACACGUCAAUCGCCCACGAUCACCUGUCAGACCACAGCAGCAGUACAUUUGAGAGGUAAUGCUAUGUGUAUCAGCUGAAAAUGUUAUGGGGAUUUAUCCACACACCUGGACGUUCAUCGGGGGUGACAUCAUCGUCCAAGUUGAGUGCACGGGGUGCCUCUGGGCAGACUGCUUGUGUAAUGAUCGCGUGAUCUUCAGGGAACCCAGGAGCACGCAGCUUUGGUGAUGGUGUUGCAAACGGUUCUACUUGUGGAUGCCCUGUUAUUCAACGAUUAUGUAUGUAUGAGUUGAAGGCAGGAACAGUAUGAUGUUGUUUCAAUGUCUGAACAAUGUCUUGCAAUCAUAGGAAGUAUAUGCACACCUGAAAGAUGCAUUAGCGAGUCCGCACAGACCAUGUUUACGCGUGCUUCAUCCACUUCGUCUGAUGCAAAUGUGGUUGUAUAGCAGGAAAGGCAGUUUUUUUGUUAUUGAAAAGGAGAACCAUUUUUUUUGCCUAAA